GUUUCAGGCAAUAUACCAUCGGGGUUUAUUUUAAGCGAGCUAAUGGCAAGGUUGGGAAAGUGGCAAUAAUAAAUUUUUGCUUUGUUUUGUCGCUUUCCACACCUUGUCGAUACCAUGCUGCGAAGGCCCUUUACCAUGUUGCUCCCAAAAGCACGCAUUCCAAUCAACACAGUUGCCGUACGACAUGCGCACACAGCGAAUCUCCAGUAUCGUCCGCUCAAAAUCGCAGUUAAUCCCAAGAUGACUCGAUCGUUACGAGAUGCUGUUCGAAGGCAUAAUGCCGGGGCUGUUUGGAGUGCCUAUACUGCUUUACAUGACAACAAUCAACUCAACAACUUGCCCGCCGAAUACCACUCGAUGGCGCUUCACUCGUUCCGUAUCAAAAAACUGGUUGCCUACGGUCCAGAAGAAAUCGAGGCUAUCAAGGAACGUUUGUUGUUUGUAUGGAAUAACAUGCACGCUGCUGGACACCAGCCAGACGUGCGCGAUUACAACCACCUUAUUGACUUUUUCGGUCGAGCCAAUGAUUGGGAAUCGUGUGCCAAAUACUGGGAGGAGUUGGAAGGACGCAGGUCAUCGUCUUCUUUGUGGAGCGGUGCUUUGGUGCCAAACGUAUACAGCUACAACCUGUUGAUGCGCGCAGCCAUCAUGACGAACAGAUCUGAGCAAGUGUUUGUCAUUUUAAACAAGAUGAAGAGCGCUGGCAUCCAGCCAAACGGAUUUACAUAUGACACAAUGAUCGAGGCGCAUGGACGAUUGGGUAACGUGCGUGGAGCGGAUCGUGCCUUCCAAGAACGCUACGGACCCAAGGAAAAGCAAGCUGCACCAUCGCCGCCGCCUAAAAAGUCCCGCUUUGCAUCGCUCCUGUCAUCCUACUCUACACCACCAGCUGCAAACCCAGAUGUGCUCGGCACUCUCGUUCGUGAAACUACAGCACCAGAAUCGAAAAAGCCACGACCUUCCACACAUACCUUUGUUGCAUUGAUUGAUGCACACGGCCGUCAAGGUUAUGUGCGGGGUCUUGAUUAUAUCUAUAACACCAUGUUGCCAGGCUACAAGGUGAAGCCCGAUCUAGAGCUUUACAACACCAUGAUCCGAUGGUACUGCGAGCAUCGCAACGUCGACAAGGCACGCCGCGUAUUCUUCGACUUGGAGCGAUCUGGUCUCAAACCUAGCGUUGUCACAUUCAAUUAUAUAUUCCGCCACGAAGCUCUUCGAGAACGAAACCCACGCACUGCAGAAACUCUGUUGGAGCUCAUGAACAAGAUGUAUGAUCUUCGGCCACUCGAAUCCAUGUAUCGCGCUCUCAUCAAAUCCUAUAAUAAGCGAAACAAGGAGGAGGAUGCAGAUCGGUUAUUCCGGGAAUAUAUAUCGGCCAAAGAACCCUCUCAACGAUAAAGGAAGCCUUCUAUUCAAUUCUUGCACUUUUAAACCCCUUUUUUUCCCUUUCACUUUUAAUUGUUUUCUCAUCCAUCAUCAACCCCCCCCCCCCGUAUCUUUCUCUUGAAUCAUCAUUUUAUCACGUACUUUUGUUGUUUUAUAUUUCCCUCAUUAUCUCUCGAACCCUUGAAUUUUUAAAGAUUAUCAUACACUGUAAGUAUAGAAAAGAAAUAAAAACGUUAUCGGUAGAAAACA